AAAUUCGAUUCCUUCUAAAAGGAAAAAAAAAAAGCCGGAUAUAAACGUCGGUAUAUCGGCAUCGGUUUAGAUUUUAUCGGGUUUGAGUUUCGGACACUAUAAAAUUAAAAAUUGAAAAGGCAACUGUUUUGAAACUUUACUCUCUGAGAGAGAAUUGGCGAUGGCAGAGAGCAAGAGCGUAGAAGCUCUCCAAGUACAACAUAAACGACAAGUUGAUGAACACAACGACCACGUUUUAGAAGAACAAGAAGAAGAUGAUGAUGAUGAGGAGGAGGAUAGUCAACUCAGCGAGUUAGAUCAACUCGGCGAGUCGCAGCAACCCGAGGAGUUAUCUAGCGGUCCAGUAGAAUUGGAAGCUUUAGUGGCGGUUCCGACUUCCACGGCGAUAUUGGAGAACAAGCAGUGUGUAGCAGGUUUGGAGGAUAAUGCAGGUUUGGAAAAGCACGUGGAUGAUUCUGAAUUCAAGGAGCAAGAUGGGAUUUCACAUCCAGAAGUUUCAGGAGAUGUAACCAGCCAAUGUGCUGAAGCUCAGACCCAAAAUCAACUUCAGUCUUCUGUUUGUCCAACUUCUUUGUCAGAACUUUCUCCAACUUCUGUUACACAACCAAUAUCAUCUGCUCCAAGUCCAACUCUACCAGAACCAAGAGUGUCCCCAUCGAAGUUUAAUAAUUAUAAUGCCUGCAUACCAGAAGCAGACCAACAAAACUCUUCUGAACUGAAAAGUCUUUCUCUUCCCAUUGUGAAAGCACAUGUUCUUGAUGGUUACAACUGGCGAAAAUAUGGUCAGAAGCAAGUGAAGAGUCCUAAAGGUUCUCGAAGCUAUUACAAGUGCACAUAUUCUGACUGUUGUGCUAAAAAGAUUGAAUGUGCUGAUCAUUCGGGCCAUGUAAUAGAGAUUGUUAAUAAAGGAACACACAGUCAUGAUCCACCUCGAAAGAAUAAUAGCACAAGGGGAAGCAAGGUUGCUUUAUUAUCUGCCCCUGUUCUGGAAAAUAGCAUGAAAGAACAUUCCAUGGGCAUGCAUACGGAUUCAAGUCAGUCCACGUUGUUUAAAGAUUCUAUACAGGAAACACCAAAUAUUUCUGAAAAAAAGCGGCAGAAUUCAAGUGGCUCUGACGGGAAUGGGAAAAUUCUUAUCAAAGAGGAGCAUGUCAGUGAACCUGAACCAAAAAGAAGAAUGAAGAAGGAGAAUUUAGAAUGUUCAGGAACUCUAUUAAAACCUGGAAAGAAGCCUAAAUUUGUGGUCCAUGCAGCGGGUGAUGUGGGAAUUUCAAGUGAUGGAUACAGAUGGCGCAAGUAUGGACAAAAGAUGGUGAAAGGAAACCCCCAUCCCAGGAACUAUUACAGGUGCACUUCUGCUGGAUGUCCAGUCCGUAAGCAUAUUGAAACAGCGGUGGACAACACAGAUGCGGUCAUUAUAACAUACAAGGGAGUACAUGACCAUGACAUGCCUGUACCCAAAAAGCGACAUGGUCCGCCUAGUGCUCCCCUUGUAGCUGCUGCUGCUCCUGCUUCUAUGAGCAAUUUACAGCUCAAGAAAACUGAUACAUUACCGAACCAAAUAAGUUCAACCCAAUGGUCAGUGGGGAAGGAAGGUGAAUUAACUAGUGAAACCUUAGACCUUGGAGGCGAGAAGGAGAAGGCCAUCGAAUCAGCUAGAACUCUUCUAAGCAUUGGAUUUGAAAUCAAGCCUUGCUGAUAGGUAUCUUUUCCUGACUAUGGCAUAAACUAAAAGAUUCUGUUCUUGCUGGAAAAUCACGUAGUUGUCUAGAUGUGAAUUAUCAUUAAAUUAUUAGGUCUGAUUGAUGAUGGUUUUCCUUUUUCUCUUCUCCUUUCUUAUAUUCUGCUUACCCUUUUCCUUCCUUUUCUUCAAAUUUCCUUCUUCCUUCAGCCUUCUCCACUCUAUCAUGGAACAGUUGUAUAUUUGGUUAUUGUACGCAGCAGGAAGACCUUGUGAGAUAUGGUAAGCUAAUAGUAUUGGAAGGUCGGCAGUCGGCACCAAUUUUUA